AUGAGAGGCGAUGAUAAUGGUGAUACAAGGGAGGAGGACAGCUCAUCUGAAUUCUCAGACUUGGAACCGCCGCCUGAAUUUGAAAAAGUAUUAGAAGACAGUGGUAUUACACACAAUGCGUCGGAACCAAAAGAAUCUCCUGGAAACGGAGAAGCUAAGGAUGACUUUAACGAUAACGAAAACGGCGAAAGCAGUCGUGACCAACAAAGUAUCGAGGUGGAGGAUGAUGUUGAAGAAGGAAAGAUCCAGAAAUCGAAAGAAUCAUCUGAAAUCGGGGAGAAAGGCAAGCGGAAGCCAGCGAAGCCAUCUCCAUUGGUCCAUGUUGGUUCUACCCGAGAUCAGGAAACGGAAUUGAAUGGCUCAGCAGAAUCGGAUGAAACUUCGUCACUAAGCAAGCGAAAAUUAUUGAUUGCUGGGUUCUGUGCGUGCCUCUUUUUCAUUGUCAUUGUACAAGCCAUCACGAUUGGACUCUUUGUCAGCCAAAACAACUCGAGUGACAAGGAUACUUCUUUCGAGAACGAUGAGGAGAGAAGCCCUACCUUACGACCGACGACUCUAGUGCCAUCCACCACACCCACGGAGGGCAAUGUCUUUGAAUCCAUUGCCAACGAUGGCAACAGCAUCCGUCUGAAUCAAGUUUCCUUUUGCGACGAAUGCACCGAGCGUGUCACUGUCCCCGACAACUACCAUCUGCCCUGGAAUGAUAGGACUUAUGUGACUGAAUUCGAGGUGAAUAGCAACGGCCGGGUCAACUUGCACUGCUGGAAUUUUUCCAACUGUGCCACGAUCGAUGUCGUGGUCAUGAAUCUGUCCCCGAAUGUUCAGGGCUCCAUUUACAUCUUGUGGGAGCAAGAAAACGUGCAAGACGAGGACCGUAUAAGCACCAAACAACAGCAAAGAAGAAGAAACUCGCUCACCGUUUCGUUUGAAGAUGUAAUGUUGUUUGGAUUCUUUGACGAAUCGCCAUAUCGAGUCAAUGCCCAGAUGAAGAUAUCUGAAGGGGAAAUCACCAUCUGUUAUGGUGCAGGAAAAAUUCAGAACAGCUGGAUGCGAGCUGGGAUCUAUAAUUACACGGGCAACUAUCAAAAUUUUCGACCAGCUACCGGUUUGCCAUUUGACAAAAAUGGUUAUGGAUCAACCUUUCCAGCAGAGACUUGUCAGACCUUUUCGGAUGGAGGGGGCUGUGUCCAAACAGCGAAUCCAACCUAUGAUCGGUACCCACACACACCCCAACCGACCAUCACUCCAACCAAUUAUUACCGAACUCCGAGCCCGACCGAUUGGUUCUCACGGACUUCCCCGCCGACCAUAACUCCAACGAACUACCAAACUCCGAGCCCAACCAAUUGGUACCCACGCACUUCCCUGCCGACCAGACCUCCAACCAUAGGUCCAAUGAACUACCAAACUCCGAGCCCAACCAAAUGGUUCGCACGCACUGCCCCGCCGACCAUCACAACCGAUUGGUUUUCACGGACUUCCCUGCCGACCAUAUCUCCAACCAUAGGUCCAAUGAACUACCAAACUCCGAGCCCAACCAAAUGGUUCGCACGCACUGCCCCGCCGACCAUCACAACCGAUUGGUUCUCACGGACUUCCGUGCCGACCAUAGGUCCAACCUCCUAUCAAGAAACUCCGAGCCCUACCAAUUGGUACCCGCGCACAUCCCCGCCAACCAUCAUCCCAAACCACAACCACAUUUCAGGACCGAAUUAUGGCAAUGAUAAUGCUUUGUUUGAUGAUGAUGGGUACACGUACCCAGGCACCUCCCAGCCGACCAUCACUCCAAACUACCACCACAUUUCGAGACCGACUGAUGAUGCUUUUGAUGACGAUAAUUGA